AGCCAACCAAUUGUGCCUCCAUGGAGCAGUGAAGAGAGAAGACAGAAGUGGGAGAAGCAGGGGGAGAAGAGAAUCACUUUAAACAGAAACAGAGACCUGCUUGUCAGCUGGCAACUCACCAUGGCUGCUUCUCACUGGCUCCUCACUUCAGUGCUCUGCCUGCUGCCCUUCACAGCACACGUUUCAGCACAAGGAUGCUCUGUGGAUAACAACAGACCCAGUGUUUCUGAGAACAACCCAAUUGGCUAUGUGGUAGCCACGAUCCAUGUGGAACCAGGCUUCACUGCAACAAUUGAUCCAACUUCCCCUGAUGCCAGUUUCUUCAUGAUUCAGGACUCUAAGCUGAAGCUGACCCGAAGUGUGGACUACGAGGAAGAAACUUUGCUGUUGGUGUCCGUGGUCUGUGAAAACGCUGCUGGGGAGAGUGACUCUUUGGAAAUCUUUGUGACCAUCCUCAACGAGAAUGAUAACAGCCCAGUGUUUAAGCAAACAAAUUUCACUGAAGUUGUUCCUGAGGAUACAAAAGUGGACUCAACCAUCAUAGCCCGGGAAGAGUUGAGUGCCAGUGAUGCUGACCUGGACAUCAUUUAUUAUGAGCUCACGACCACAGUGCCGGCCACAGAUGGUUACUUUGCCAUAAGAGGAGUUAACAACCCAGAGAUUUAUUUACAAAAAGCACUCGACUAUGAGAAAUUUAAACAGACAACACUGAUCUUGUAUGCAAGGGACAGGCCUGUGACCAGCACUGACCCCACCAACACAGCUAGUGCAACAAUAAAUAUCAUCAUUGAGCAAGCUGACACCAAACCACCCUGGUUCCUACCCUGCACCUUCAUUAACGAGGAGAGGAGCAUUUGCAUCAGCAACCUCUACACUGGCAGGGUCAAUAUGUCCGAGAUGGCGACAGAACCACUCAUCCUAGAGCCAGGACCUGUCUAUGCUAUUGAUCCUGACUACACCAUCAAUGAAAGAAUCAUCUACAGCAUUGUUAGUGGGAACACGGACAAUGUCUUCUUCAUGGACACUGACACAGGGAAUAUAACAAUGAACAAGCCAGCAUCUUCUCCAGACUCCUACCUGCUGCAAGUCAUGGCCACCCAAGUCAACAACAUCCAGAAAUACUCCAUAGCUAAUGUGGAGAUUAAGGUCAUCAACAAAAGUAAUCAUGCACCAUACUUUGAGAGCAGGAUCUACAAUGGGAUAGUGCUUGUUAAUCAGGUCCCAGGAAGCUUUGUCUUUCAAGCUGAGCAUCCUUCAAGCCCCCUGAUGAUAACAGCAGUGGAUGAUGAUUUCCCUGAUAAAGUCAACCCCAACAUUGAGUACCACAUAAACGACAACACAGAUUUCACUGCAACCAAAGAUGGACUCAUCCUGACCAAUGUGGUGCUGCAGUCCCCAGGAACUGUAACCCUUGAGGCUGUUGCAAUAGAUGUGGUGAGCCUGCAGAAAGCGAGCACGGAGGUCGUGGUGCAGGUUGUCCUUGCUACAGAUGUAAGCUCCACUAAUAAUCCAUACAGUGCUCAGGAUAUGGCCAUCUUAGGUGGGACACUGGCAGCACUGCUACUGGUUGCCUUAGUCUUCCUUGGAGUGAUGCUGUACAAACAGUAUGGGAAAAAAGUCAAUAACAUGAUGAGGAAAAAGCUCUCCAAGAAAACCUCUAAGGGUUACCACAAUCAAUCUUACAAGCAAGAUGAGCAGCCAGAUGUGAGCCCUACAGCCCAUGAGGCCUCCGAGAAGGGCAGUGUCAGGUCAGCGACAGAUGUGCAAGAGCAGCCAGCACUGGCCUCAGUUUUUCCAAUCACGGAAGAAUCUGAGAGCCUCCCAGAAGCUUCUGUAGCUUCCACCGUUGUCUUCGACCAGGAGAAGAAAGAGGAUGAAGUGGAAGAAGAGGCUGAGCGUGAGAAAGAAGUGAAAUCUAUCCUCAAGACAGACAGGCAGGCGGCAAACGAUGGCUACAAAGCUGUGUGGUUCAGGACUGAUGUGGAUCCUGAAGCUGGAGAAAGCAUUGAGGUGAUCGAGGACAACGCAGUAGAGAGUGAUGAUGACAGUGACCAAGACUUGCAGAGGAAUGAGGAAGAGGAGGAGGAAGAGGAUGAUGACAAAGAUCACCUGCACAGGGGACAAGGAGUGUCCUUUGCCUCAGAGAACUCGUCUGUGCCAGCUGCAGAAGUGGCUGUCAACAUGUCCCGCGCAGACUCGCUAGCAGAUGACAGUAGCCUAUAGAGGAGGCAGGCCUGCACUGCUCCCCAAAACAGAGGAAGCCCAGCAGCUUUGCUGGCAGGAAGCCUCUCUUCCUGCCCAGGGGGUACACUGGAAUGCAGGAGGACAAGGCUGCCUGCCCUGCUUGCUUGAAUGCACUGAUUAAAGCUGGAAGACAUUACAGCUAACUCAAGCUUUUAGGGAGACCUUGAAAUAGCAGCUGGGAUUUUGGGGGUUGACAAACCCAUGUCUCACCUUUCCACCUUCCUGCCUCUUGCCUCUCAUAUCUUAGUCUGAACCUGGCUGCAGGUACAGCAGAGAUGUAGCUGAACUGACUCUGAAGCAGUUUGCCCAGCUCAUGGUAGCAAUCAGUUACACAACAAGGUGUCUUCUUCUCCUGGUGGGAACAUAAGCAAGCCAGCAGUGACUGCUGGGCUGUGCCCUUUAUUAGGGUGUCAGUUUGAUGAUGCCAGCUGCAGGGCAUAAGCCAGCACAAGUCACUCUGGUUCUAAUUGCCCAUAUGAUUGUAUCCAGGAGCAGUCUUGAGGGCUUGGCUGUGCUCUCCACUCUGUGACCUCAGUGCAAACAGCUGGUAUGUGACACUAUGGUCCUCAUCGUCUCAGCAGCCAGAUUUCAUACUCAGGAACUGCUGGUUCCUCUGGCAUGGUAAAUGAAGACUGAGCACUGUAAACCAGGACUGAUCAUAUCUUCUUCACUGAUGGACUUUGUCAUCCAUUUUUCUAUGUCAUAAAAGCACUGUCAUAAAACUGCUAACUGUGCAGUGCUUCUGUAGGUGUCUGUCUCCUGUCUGUUGGGGAAAGGCAGAGCUCUGUCAUGACCUGCCUAGAAAAUGCCAGAGCUCCUUCCAGCUCCAGGUUUUUAGCAGCAAAGGCCAUGGUUCCAGAGGUGCAGGGUGUGGGGGCAGCAUAUUCUUCCCCUUGUCCAGCUAGGAUCAAGGUGCUGCUGAAUGUUAAGGUCAGUAUUGCCUCCAGUGCCAGAUGCCACUACCCUUUCUCUGCUCCCUUCCUGUCUCAGAUGCCAACUCCUUUUCAUGCUACCUUUAUCCAUCCCUGAGUAGCUUCGCAGGCUUGUUAGAUGGUGAAAUAAAUCCUUCAAGCUUUAGCUAGAACUGAGAUGCAGCCUGAGAGCAGAACUGCCUCACUGAGAGUAAGUGAGCUCUGCUGUGGUCAGCUCACAAGUUCAGGUUUGAGCUGGAAAACCUGCUGACCUCUGGACUAACUUCAUGAGAUGACAGCGCCAUGAUCUGAUGGAUGCCUCCACCCUCAACCCUCCCUCAUCUUUCAGCAAUAUUGUCUCCAUUUAUGCUCCUGCCAUAAAGCCCAGUUUAGCACAGUGAGCACACUCUGAGUAAAGUGUUUGAUGCUCUGGUUGACCUCCCAUCUCUUCCUGCAGUUGGCAACCAAAAGUUGGGCUGAUUCCCAGUGGCUGAAAAUACACAUCAGAAGCAGCAAGCUAUCAGCAGCUGCCCCUGGUUUUCUCAUUUUGGGGCUGGUUCCAGAGCAGACAGGCACUGCUGAGUGUUUUCACUGCAGGGGUGUCCAAGACAGGGAUGCAGUAGCAGAAGUUUGCGUCACUCAAGUUUAUCUCACUUCCUCAGCUUAGCACAAUAGCAGAGGAUUGCAACAAGAUAGAGAAGCAAACCCAUGAAUAACCCUGCCCCUGUGAGCCAAGCUCCACAUUGAUGUCCUUACUCCAAGUACCCCCUAGAGAGAGACAAACCAGAGCAUGGUUAAUGGGAUCUUCACAUACACCAAAGCACAUAUGAUAUCCAUGGAGGUUUUUACCCUCUUGGUUGAAAGAUCUAGAACACAGGUCUUGCAAGAAGCAGCUGAGCAACCUGGGAUUGUUUAGCCUGUGGAGAAGGAGGCUGAGGGGAGACCUUCUGGCUCUCUACAACUCUCUGUAAGGAGGCUGCAGCCAGCCUGGGAGUCAGGCUGUUCUACCAAGGAACAAGUGAGAGGACAAGA